UUCCGAAAAGAUGUGUAAUUGCUAUAGUGUGUUUGAUGGUUGAACAGGGAAUACAAUGUAAAUACGGGUGAUACAAGUCAGGGUUUCCACGUUAAAAAUUAAGAUGGAAACAGAAUCGGGGACAACCUCCGGAGUAAAAGAAAGCCCUGCCGAGGAAAAAGAGAAGCAAAACACCGUCCGAUUUUACAAGCUGUUCUCGUUUGCAGAUUCGAGGGACAAAUUUCUGAUGAUAAUAGGUACAAUUGCUGCUAUUGGUAAUGGUUUGUCGCAACCGCUCAUGUCACUCCUUUUCGGGGAGUUGAUCGAUGUUUUCGGAGAAGCUGGAAGCAACGACGUUGUAUCAGUCGUGUCUAAGGUAUCUCUGAAAUUCGUGUACUUGGCUUUGGGAUGCGGGGCAGCAGCUUUUCUUCAGGUUGCUUUUUGGAUGAUUACGGGCGAAAGGCAGUCUGCAAGGGUAAGGAGUCUUUAUCUGGAAACGAUACUGCGACAAGAAAUCGCGUACUUUGACCAGGAAGUAAGCACUGGAGAAGUAAUUGGAAGGAUGUCUAAUGACACGAUUCUCAUUCAAGAUGCCAUUGGGGAGAAGGUGGGAAAGUUUGUUCAGGUGGUUUCAGCGUUUUUAGGAGGAUUUAUAAUUGCCUUUGUGAAAGGGUGGCUUCUUACAUUAGUCUUGUUGACAUCAAUCCCAUUGAUCGUUAUUUCCGCUGGGAUAAUGCACGUUCUUAGAUCCAAGACAGCUUUCGAAGCAGAAAAGGCGUACGGCAAUGCUGCCAAUGUUGUCCAACAAACAAUUGGAUCAAUAAGAACUGUUGCAUCAUUUACCGGGGAGAAGCAAGCUGUGUCUAACUACAAAAAAUUUCUUACUGCUUCUUAUAAAUCCGAUGUAAAGGUAGGCUUGAGUACUGGACUAGGUGCCGGAUCGCUCAUGUUUAUCUUGUUCUCCACUUACGGUUUGGCUGUUUGGUUCGGUGCAAAAAUGAUCUUGCAUAAAGGUUAUACAGGAGGUGAAGUGUUUACUGUGCUCCUUGCAGUGGUAAUAGGUGCCACUUCUCUGGGACAAGCAGCUCCACCCCUGAGUGCAUUUGCCGCUGGCCAAACAGCAGCAUACAAGAUGUUUGCGACAAUAAAUAGAAAACCAACCAUAGAUUCUUAUGAUACCAAAGGAGAGAUUUUGGAUGACAUUAUCGGAGAUAUAGAGUUGAGAGAUGUUAGUUUCAGCUAUCCGUCGAGGCCAAAAGAACAAAUCUUUGAUGGGUUUUCUCUAAUUAUUCCUAGCGGCACCACUGCAGCUUUGGUGGGACAAAGUGGGAGUGGAAAAUCUACAGUGAUUAGUUUACUUGAAAGAUUUUAUGAUCCGCUCGCUGGUGAAGUUUUAAUUGAUGGAAUUGAUCUUAGAAAAUUUCAGCUCAAGUGGAUUAGAUCAAAAAUAGGUCUAGUUAGCCAGGAACCUGUUCUUUUCGCAGGCAGCAUCAUGGAUAAUCUUGCAUACGGAAAAGACGCUGCUACUCUCGAAGAUAUCAGAGAGGCAGCAAAAUUAGCAAAUGCAGCUGAUUUUAUUGAUAAACUUCCCAAGGGGUUAGAUACUAUGGUUGGAGAAAACGGCAUCCAACUUUCGGGCGGUCAGAAACAAAGAGUCGCCUUAGCCAGAGCAAUCGUGAAAAACCCAAGAAUUCUACUUUUAGAUGAGGCAACUAGUGCACUAGAUGCAGACUCUGAGAGAAUCGUGCAAGAGGCUCUGGAAAAGGUAAUGGUGAACAGAACGACGGUCAUAGUUGCACAUCGCCUGAGCACGAUUAGAAAUGCUAAUAUGAUUGCAGUCCUUCACCGUGGAAAAAUAGUCGAAAAAGGCACACACUUCGAACUACUGAAGGAUAAUCAAGGGGUGUAUUCGAACCUCAUACACUCGCAGGAAACACAUGAAGACGUUGACAACAAACAAAAUACAACAAUGAACUUCGGCAGAGUCUCUAGUCAAAUAAUAUCAUCUACGCGUUCUCUGAGUUCGGGUUCGUUACAUAGUAUCAGUAGUCACUCAAUGCCGGUCUCAAAAUCUGCACUUGCCAUUGAAAAUGUCGACGCUCCUGAAACAUCAAAAGGGCAUCCGGAAGUCUCGAUUUAUCGCCUUGCUCGUCUUAACAAGGCUGAGGCACCGGUGUUAAUAGUAGGAACUAUAUUUGCCAUUAUUGCUGGGGCAAUACUGCCCGUUUUCGGCUUAUUAUUUUCUGGUGUAAUUAAAUCUUUCUAUGAGUUGCCACACAAAUUAAAGAAGGAAUCAGAAUUUUGGGCUUUGAUGCUUGUCAUUCUCGGAGUGGUGUCGUUAAUUUCAAACCCAUCAAAGACGCAUUUAUUUGGUAUUGCUGGGAAUAAGUUGAUACGGAGAAUCAGACUGAUGUGUUUCGAGAAGGUGGUUAACAUGGAGAUAGGCUGGUUUGACGAGCCCGAAAACUCGAGUGGCGUAAUAGGUACGAGGCUCUCUUCUGACGCAGCUAUGAUUCGUGCACUCGUUGGAGAUGCUUUAGGACAGCUUGUUCAAGAAACAUCCUCCGCAGUAGUUGGGUUGGCAAUAGCCUUUGAAGCAAGUUGGCAGUUGGCACUUAUCAUACUUGCAAUGCUUCCUCUUCUAUUUCUCAAUGGAUAUGCACAAAUGAAAUCCAUCAAAGGGUUCAGCAGAGAUGCAAAGUUGAUGUAUGAGGAAGCGAGUCAAGUGGUUAAUGAUGCUGUCGGUAAUAUCAGAACCGUCUCUUCUUUUUGUGCCCAAGAGAGGAUUUUAGAGAUAUACAAGAAGAAAUGUGAAGGACCGGCCACAAAUGGGACGAAACAAGGACUGAUAAGUGGAGUAGGAUUCGGUUUAUCCACAUCCUUCUUGUAUUUGGUGUAUGCCACCAGCUUUUAUGCGGGAGCCCGACUUGUUCAGGAUGGAAAGAUUACCGUUUCGGAGUUAUUCCGUGUAUUUUAUGCUCUAGCUAUGGUGGCGAUUGCAAUUUCUGCAUCGAGCUCGCUAGCUCCGGAUUCAAGCAAAGCGAAAAUUGCAGCUGCCUCUGUAUUUGCCAUUCUCGAUAGGAAAUCCAAGAUCGAUCCUAGUGAUGAGUCCGGCACGACUUUAGAAAAUGUUAAUGGAGAAAUUCAACUCGAACAUGUCAACUUUAGCUAUCCAACAAGGCCUGGUGUACAGAUUUUGAAGGAUCUUUCCUUGGCAAUCAACAAUGGCAAGGUUCUUGCACUAGUUGGGGAGAGUGGAAGUGGGAAAUCAACUGUUAUCUCAUUACUUCAGAGAUUUUACGACCCCGAUUCAGGUCAAAUAACACUUGAUGGAAUUGAGAUACACAAGUUCCAAUUAAAAUGGCUAAGGCAGCAAAUGGGGCUUGUGAGCCAAGAGCCAAUCUUGUUCAACGACACAAUCCGAGCCAACAUUGCCAUCGGAAAGGGAGGAGGAAGUGCAACCGAGGCAGAAAUUAUAGCUGCAGCAAAGUUGGCAAAUGCACAUAAUUUCAUUAGUGGACUACAACAGGGCUAUGACACAAUAGUAGGGGAACGUGGGAUACAGCUUUCGGGUGGACAAAAGCAGAGAGUCGCAAUUGCACGAGCCAUUGUGAAGAGCCCCAAAAUAUUACUAUUAGACGAGGCCACAAGCGCAUUGGAUUCUGAGUCAGAGAAAAUAGUACAGGAAGCACUCGACAAAGUAAUGCUGGAUAGGACAACUAUCGUUGUUGCACAUAGGCUGUCUACAAUCAGAGGAGCAGACGUAAUUGCCGUUUUUAAAAACGGAAGCAUUGUGGAGAAAGGGAAUCACCACACACUCAUCAAUGUGCAAGAUGGUUUCUACUCUUCUCUAGUAAGAAUUCACUUGACUGCAGCUUUGUAAAUUGUCAAACACUCGUUGGAUUAGGAUAUAUAUAUAUACACACACACACACACACACGGUAUAUUUCUUGACAGGGAUGUAAUGUUUGUAAACAAAGAAGAAUUUGUAAGAUGUAAUUUUAGUUUUAUUUAUUUCUAAUGAAACAAAACUAUCCUCAGAA